AUGCGUCUGCCCUGCAAGAAGCUCAGUCCCAGAUUCAUUGGUCCCUUUACCAUAACAGAACAAAUCAAUCUGGUGACAUUUAAGCUUCAGUUACCACCACAAUACAAGAUUCACCCAACCUUCCAUGUAUCUCUGCUUAAACCUUUCUAUCCCUCUGUCUCCGUCUCUACAGAGCCUGGCGAUUCGGCAGAUCCCCCCUUACCGCUAAUCGUAGAGGAUGGAGCCGCUUACCAGGUCAGUGAGAUCUUGGACUCCCGACGCCGUGGUGGUCUUCUGGAGUAUCUGGUGGACUGGGAAGGCUACGGUCCGGAGGAAAGAUCAUGGAUUCCCCGACAUGACAUCCUCGAUCCCUCCUUGUUGACUGAAUUCCACGCUGACCAUCCAGACCGACCAGCCCCCCGAGGAAGCGGAAGAUCACCGCGACGUCGGGGUCCUCGGUCCUCAGGAGCGGACCGUGAAGGGGGGGGUACUGUCACAGACACGCCAGGCUCCACCUCAUCUCAGCCACACCGUUCCUCCUCACCAGAAUACUAA